GUGAACUCGCGCGACAGAAUCAUGAUGAAUAAACAGCACCACGUCAGUCUGCACCCACCUAUCGGGGGGUCGUUACCCGGCCGGUACAGCCCGCCGUACCGCAGUGACCCGAUGAGAAGACAUUGCAUGAACCCACCGCCGGGGAAUCAGAAUUCAUAUUCACCGACAUUCUGGAAAUCUUCAGGACUACUACAUCAGUCUCUUCACCAUCCGGAUGAUGUACAGAAGGGCAACCUCUUCGGAGGACUCGACGAAAGCCUCCUGAGUCGGGCCGAGGCGCUGGCAGCCGUGGACAUCUCGAAGAGCUCCAGUCUUCACAUGAAGCAUCAUGACGGCAUGUACCCUCACCCAGCCAACAUGGGCGCGCACCCUGGCGGGCGACCACAGAUGUCCCAUCACGGCAUGCACCACGACACGAUGGACCUCCUGGAUAUGUCGGCGCUGCCUGCUUCCUCGAUGGGCAUCGUGUCUAGCAUGGGCACGACGGACCAUCACAACGUCGCCUCGCCGCACAACCCUCACCACGGCUCCAUGUAUCACCAUCACGGCAUGCAGGCGUCGCACCACGGCCUCAACCCUCACAACAUGUCCAUACAUCCAGACCAGGACGCCGACCCGCGCGAGCUGGAAGCGUUCGCCGAGCGCUUCAAGCAGCGACGCAUCAAGCUUGGUGUGACGCAGGCAGACGUCGGCAACGCACUCGCAAACCUCAAGCUGCCCGGCGUCGGCUCGCUGAGUCAGUCGACGAUCUGUCGGUUCGAAUCGCUCACACUCAGCCACAACAACAUGGUAGCGCUGAAACCGAUCCUGCAGGCGUGGCUGGAAGACGCCGAAGCGAAGGCUAGGAAGGGAGAGAUCCCCGAUCAGUCGGGAAAGGUCGGCGACAAGAAGCGGAAGCGGACGUCGAUCGCGGCGCCGGAGAAGAGGUCGCUGGAAGCGUACUUUGCCGUGCAGCCGCGGCCGUCGGGUGAGAAGAUUGCCGCCAUUGCCGAAAAGCUGGACUUGAAGAAGAAUGUGGUUCGCGUGUGGUUCUGCAAUCAGCGGCAGAAGCAGAAGCGGAUGAAAUUCUCGGCGCAGCAUUGACUAUAGAUGUGAGGUAGCGUGCGCUGCGUGCGCUGCUCCACGACUGCGUAUAUAGACACGGGACAUCACGGACACACACAGACACACACACAGACACACACACAGAGAGAGACAUACGGACAU